CCAUCCUGUAACAAAAGAUCUGAAAGGGUUUGCUAUCUCACUUUCUUUAUUUGAGAGUUUUGAAAAUUAGCUAUAUUGUAGGUUGAGUAUUCAGGUUGAGUGCUCUUGCUUAUGUAGCUAAAACAGUGCCACGGCACCUCCCAUGCAAGAGGGGAGGUCCCAGCUGACUUCAGGGAACCUGAGAAUGAAUCAUGGCUGAGGACCCUCAGAGAAAUUUCCGAUCUGUUUAUUAUGAAAAAGUAGGAUUUCGUGGCGUUGAAGAGAAAAAGUCACUGGAAAUCCUUCUGAAAGAUGAUCGGUUGGAUAUUGAGAAGCUUUGCACAUUUAGUCAAAGGUUUCCUCUGCCAUCUAUGUAUCGGACCCUGGUGUGGAAGGUGCUUCUAGGAAUUCUUCCUCCUCACCAUGAAUCUCACGUAUUUGUGAUGAAGUACCGGAAGGAGCAGUAUAGGGAUGUGUACCAUGCUCUUCAAGUAAUUCGCUUUAUCAAGGAUUCUACUCCGCAGGUGGAAGUUUUCCUCCGGAUCUAUCAGUUGGAGUCAGGAAAGCUGCCUCGAAAGCCAUCUUUCCCUUUGGGAGAUGAAGACGAGAUAUUCCUUGCUGUUGCUAAAGCUAUGGAGGAAAUGGUGGAAGAUAAUAUUGACUGCUAUUGGCUCGUCAGUAGUUUUGUGAACCAGUUGAAUAAGUACAAGGAUUCAUUACCACAGCUGCCAAAACUUCUGGAACAGUACCUGAGCCUUGAAGACAGCAGACUCCUAAUGCACCUGAAAUCAUGCUCAGCAGUGGGCCAGCUUCCUUAUGAUCUUUGGUUCAGAAGGUGUUUUGCUGGUUGUCUACCUGAAUCCAGCUUACAAAGGGUUUGGGACAAGGUUAUUAGUGGCUCUUGCAAAAUUCUUGUCUUCGUUGCUGUUGAGAUCCUAUUAACCUUUAAAAUGAAGUUGAUGGCCCUGAAUAGUGCAGAAAAGAUUGAACAGUUUUUGCAAAAUAUACCUCAAGACAACACUGAUGCGAUUGUGAGCAAAGCUACUGAGCUGUGGCACAAACAUUGUGGGACCCCCGCUCACUCAGUCUGAGACCAUGCUUUCCACUCGACAUUUCAGUUUUUUGUUUUUUUGUGCAACUUCUCCCGCCUGAAAGUAUUUAAUUAAAAUCAUUUAAAGAUUGGGGA